UCACGUUCCACCAACCCAGAAGCCCAAACGCGUACUUCCGCCCUCAAAGGCCAUGGCAUGACCGCCCUCAAAACUCCAGAAGAGGGCGACUUGGGCCCGCCAAUUGCGGCGCUCCCUGUCUCCGGAAGCUAAGGCUGCAGCGGCCCUUUGCCCCGCCUUGUGGCUCUGCCCGCUUCCGCCUCCGUGUCUUUUCCUGCAAGCUGGGCGUUCUUGCCGUUUGCGGGGAGCGAUGGAGCUGCUGUGGCUGGUGGAAGGACUGGCGGCGCUGGCGGGGGUUGGGCUGGUCCUGACAGCUUUUAUUGCACAUAUAACUGCAUCAACGUUGCCAAACCUUUAUAGACAUGAGGAUGAAAAGUUUUUUCUGAAUGCCGAAGAUAAGAAGGAACCUGUGCCAAACCUCCAUGAUCUUCCAACACAUGAACUUUCCAUAGUUGUGCCUUCGUAUAAUGAGGAAAAACGGUUGCCAUCAAUGAUGGAUGAAGCUUUAAACUAUCUGGAAAAGAGACAGAAACAAGAUCCUGCAUUCACAUAUGAGAUCAUUGUGGUUGAUGAUGGCAGCAGAGAUCACACCACAAAGGUUGCACUGAAGUAUACUAAAAAAUACGGCAGUGACAAAGUGAGAGUUCUCAGUCUGGUGAAGAAUCGUGGAAAAGGAGGAGCUGUCAAAAUGGGUGUUUUCAUUUCACGAGGGAAAAAAAUCCUCAUGGCAGAUGCUGAUGGUGCCACAAAGUUUGAAGAUAUUGAAAAAGUAGAAAAAGGUCUCGAGAGUCUUCAGCCUUGGCCUGACCAGAUGGCCAUCGCCUGUGGCUCUCGAGCUCACUUGGAGAAAGAUUCAAUAGCCCAGAGGUCAUAUUUCCGAACACUUCUCAUGUAUGGAUUCCAUUUUUUAGUAUGGUUUCUUUGUGUGAAGGAAAUCAAAGACACUCAAUGUGGUUUUAAAUUACUAACCCGUGAGGCUGCUGCUCAGACUUUUUCUGUACUUCAUAUAGAGCGUUGGGCAUUUGAUGUGGAACUACUCUAUAUUGCUCAGUGCCUUAAAAUACCAAUAGCAGAAGUUGCUGUCAACUGGACAGAAAUCGAAGGUUCCAAAUUGGUUCCCUUCUGGAGUUGGCUACAGAUGGGGAGAGACCUUCUCUUUAUACGACUGAGAUAUUUAACUAGGGCCUGGCACCUUAGAAGAAGAAAAGAAAAUUAAGUUAUUUAUGCUGGUCCAAAAUAAUUGUUCAGAUAAUUAUAGUCGGGUUUUCCAACAGCUAUGAAAUAAAGAUAAUACUGAGAUUACUCUUCAUUACUA